UAUUGACUUAACAAACAUGUACCGACUAGGGCAAGCAUAUGUAGCACGCUCGCGAGUUGUGGAUAUUGAGCAGCUGCACAUCCUCCCCAUCGACAUCCAAUUGACACCGAACAUGUUCAAGGCACAUGUACCCCCUUAAGCACCAUGAUUCAUUUUACUGUUAGGCUGCUUACGUUGUUCCUGCUACUGCCUGUCACAGUCUUUGCAUUACUAUGACCUUAGACACCUAUCCCACGUCCCACCUGCAAUGUCAUCAACCGUCACAACUUUUACAGCAGCUGCGUGACAUCAGUCCCAGGCUCAAGCCAUGGGUUUAUCCGUCCAGCAGUACGAAGGCCUUGGUUUUCACACUCCGCCCACCGCCAUAACAACACGCGCCACACGACGCCCCGACGACGAACGAACCCCAAAACAAGAAGCAUUCCUUAAUGAUAUGUCAAUCAUGCCAUGUGACUGGCCAACCACAAUCUCCGAAUGCUCAAGACUCCUAAGCAGCAGGACAGCAAACUAUGAAGACUUCAAGAAAAAAUACAAUGAAAAACCUGCAUCAGCUCUCCACUCACGAGGAUUAUCUAUGGACGAAAUUCACAAGCUUACUAAAAGCCAGGCCAGUAAGCUCAUGGACAGCCAUGCGUCAGGAGAACAGGCCACAGCAGCACAGCUUGCUCAGUUGCAAAGGCUCAAUGUACAGCUACUGCAGCAACCACUAUCCAAGGGGGAUCCGUCAACACUCAUUUCACAGAUCUCCGUCAAAGCACAGGCUGCAACGCCAUCACAGAAGGACCUACUCAAGAAACUCACAAAUCAAGCAGGUCAACGAAUCACAGACGAGCAGCUGGACGUCAUGACGCUGGCGCAAGCCUCUACACUCAUCGGAGGCAACAAGGCAAAUGGUAAAAUCAACCACUACGACGACAACUUACAUGACAAGGGUGGCGGACCAUCCCAAGAUGGUGCUGGUGGUGCUUCCGCAUCGGCAAAUGUAUCAUAA